CAAUCUUUAUUUAUAUAUCAAUGUUUCAAUUCAUUUCUAUCAUUUGCUUACAGCCAAACAGACAAAAAUUUGAUUCCAUAGAUACACAGACACAGACACACGCACGAACACUCACUCUCAGACCAAACCACUCAGAGAUAGAAGAAGAAGAAGAUCAAGUUUUCAUGGGCAACUACAGAUUCCGAUUAUCUGAUAUGAUGCCCAAUGCUUGGUUUUACAAGCUUAAAGACAUCGGCAAAUCCAAAAACCCUAACCCUCCUCCUCCCAAGAAAAAACAACCACCGCCAGUUUUUCCGCCGUCAAAAACUAACCAGAACCACCACCACCGCCGCCGCUGUCACUCCUCGUAUCCCAGAAAAUCUUACCAUUUCACUCGAGAACUUACACCAAAUGAUCAAAGAUUACACAAUUCUCCAACUCAUAAUUUCCAUGACCCACCAAGAAAAUCAUCAAAAAGAAGACUCCCCAAGAGAAGAGCCGCCGUAAAACACUCCUCUCCCAAGCCUGUCUCCGCCGCCUGCACCUGCCGUGAUUCCCCACCGGCGUACUUUUCCUCCAGCUCAAACAGCUCUCGCGACGAAUCAUCAGAAUUCUGCGAGGAAGACGACUCGUUUCCGCCAGAAUUCAGGUCUGAUCGUGUUCUUGAUAAACUAAUGUUCAUUUCUCACGCCAUUGACGACGACAUAAUCAUCGACGUCGAUAAAAAAUCAUUACACGCUACAAAUUUCGAUAACAAGCUAGAAAUAUCCGAUCUUGAUCUUCCUCCGAUUAUAACAAAAAAGAUCGACAAAAAGCAAGAACCAUCCAACUACAGAAAUGUAGUCAAACUCAAAAUUCAAGAACAGAAAAAAUUUAACUAUGUCAAGAGACAAUCUUUAAACUCUCCUGGAGGGCUCAAGCUCCGAGUUAACUCGCCAAGAAUCGCGGGCCGGAGAGUUCAGAACGCUCGAAAGAGCGUUUCGUCGUCGAAUUCGAGUUCGAGCUCGAGAAAAAGCCUGUCUGAUAGUCUUGCAAUAGUGAAAUCAUCGUUUGAUCCACAGAAAGAUUUCAGGGAAUCAAUGGUGGAGAUGAUAGUGGAAAAUAAUAUCAGAUCAUCAAAGGAUUUAGAAGAGCUUCUUGCUUGCUAUCUUUCUUUAAAUUCUGAUGAGUAUCAUCAUCUUAUUAUCAAGGUGUUCAAGCAAAUCUGGUUUGAUUUGAAAGAAAUUCCAUCCAAGUAAUUAUUUUUCAUUUCUUGUUCUUCAAUCUUUAUAAGAUUCUCAUAUAAAAUUUAAAUAUGUUAAAGAAACAGAGUAUUUAAGGGUUAAUUUAGCAUGGAGAAUCAAUUUAAGUAGAAUUUGGUAA